AUGGCAGCGCUGUUGACCAGGUUGCAUCACAUUUCGCUCCACGUUUCCAACGCGGAGAAAGUUGCCUGCGACCUUGUCUCUAAAUUUAAAUUCAAUUUAUUUGCCACCAGACUGACGCAUGGGGCCAAGCAGCUCGCCUUCAGGAAGGGAGCGGCUGUCUUCAUCGUGAAUGAGACGCCACACCGGACCGAUGUGAGAAUGAAUGAGACGCCUUCCAAAUGUCUCUAUGACGUCAUUACGCACUACCCGGUGGACACUGUCAACAACGUGUGUUUCGAGGUGGAGGAUGUGGAGAGGUCAUUCAGGGCUCUUCACCAUCUGGGCUGCAACAUCAUGGUCCCGCCCACGACUGUCCACGACCAGUGUGGUUACGUCACCUACUCUGUGGUCAAAUCCAUCGUGGGGAAUGUGUGUCACACUUUGAUUGACAGGACAAAAUACAAGGGCAGCUUCUUGCCAGGAUUUGAUGGCAUUGAUAAUGAGUGCAGCUUGCCAGAAAACGACAUGUCUUGUCCAAUCACACAUUUUGAUCACAUAACAUAUGUCAGUCACAAGAAAACAACCCACCAGGUCAUGAGGUGGUACGAGAAGAUCUUUGGGUUUCAAAGGUUUUUCAUUGAUAGUGAUGAAAAUGUGGACGAUGGUUUUGUCAUAAACCAGGAGGGCAUUGGAUUGCGUCUCACCGCCAUGGAGUACUGGAAAUGCAGCAAAGCCGGCAUCGCUCUCCCCUCUGUGGACAAAAAAGAGCCUGACUGCAAGUUUGUGAUUGCAGAGUCACUGUCUGAACAAGGCAGGAAUCAAGUUGACACCUUCUUGGAGCAGCACGGGGCCCCGGGGAUCCAGCACAUUGGACUGUACACAAAAAACAUUGUUUCUACUGCUCAUGCGAUGGCGGAUGCUGGUGUCCAGUUUUUCUCCCCUCCUCAGGCCUACUACAUGCAGGUGGGAAAACAGCAGGAGAUCGAGGAGGCAGGACACAACCCCAAGAUGCUGGCGAAGCACGGCAUUCUCCUGGACACAGACCUGAACCAGGACCUGUCAUCACCGACAGCAUCCAGUGAAAACCGAAGGUACCUUCUCCAGGUGUUCACCAAGCCCAUCUUUGCAGAGGAUACCUUCUUCCUCGAGCUGAUAGAGCGAAGGGCAACAGGUUUUGGUGAGGGGAACAUCAAGGCGCUGUGGAGGUCUGUGCAGGCCCACAUGGAGGAUCAGGGGGGGGAUUCUCAAGAAGAGCAAUCCCCCAAAACUGUCCAAACUUCACAGUAUUAGUCAACCAAGAUAGUUUUUAACUGAUGAUAUUUUAUUUGCUGUCUUUUUAUACAAAAAACAUGAGAGCACUUAUAAAAAAUGAUAUUUAAAAAGUAUGUAGACUGUAUAAAUACAUAUAAUUUAUUUACAUGAGUUUUCCACAGGUGCCUUCCAUUUCAGCUUUAUAAUUUAGUGGUAAAUCUCAAGUUGUCUGUUGCACUGCUAACAAGUACAAAACAUAAGUUGUAUUAAUAUCCAUCCUUUAACAUGACAUUAACCUCAAAGAUGUAAAACUGCACGUUGAACAAAGUGGUACUUCAACAGAAGUUACAUAUUUUACUUGAAACUUGAAAUGUAACUACACGAAUACUUUUUCUGUAGCAAUAAAAUAAUGUCUGGGUUUUCAAUGUGUCAAAGAAAAGCAACUGUCUGACUUCACAGCAACUGUUCCUCAAUAAAUCUGUA